UAUGCACAGAUAUAGAAGCGGCGCGGGCCGCUGGUAAACGAUCUUUUUUCGCGAGACGUCGUGCUGGAUGCAAGUCAAUCCCGCGCGUCGAUAUAGUGCAGUCGAGAUCGGGAUUUUUGAGGAUUUGCAGUUUUUCAUUGGUAACGGAUAAUACGUAAAAUUAGUAAAGUGUAAUGAUGGAUGUCAAUACGCAGCUACCGUCAAUCGAUUAUCUGGAUGAAUCAACAACAAAAGAAAUGCUCGCCGACUUUAAAGGCGAAAAACUUGGCUGGGUUUUGGUAGGAGAAAAAAAAUGGUUUUUGCCCGCAAAAUACGCAAAGCAAUGUCCGCUGUAUUACAAUUUCGAAGUGAAACCUGAUGACACAUGGAUCGUCACGUUUCCAAGAUCAGGUACAACAUGGACACAAGAACUGGUAUGGCUUUUAAGUAACAAUUUGGAUUUCGCAACCGCCAAAUCGGUACCGCUCGUGAAGAGAUAUCCUUUUCUGGAGUUUUCGAUGGCUAUAAACGACGUCACAUCGCAAAAUAUUCUCAAAGAGAACCGAGCGAAUUCCGAAAUACAAUCAUUGGUUUCGAAUGUGGAAUUUACGUACGAAACCGCGCGGUCAAUGCCCUCGCCAAGGUUUAUAAAAACUCAUUUUCCGCUGAGCUUGGUUCCUAACAUUCUCAAGUCAGAUUGUAAAACGAUAUACGUUGCGCGGAAUCCAAAAGAUGUUGCAGUUUCUUAUUAUCAUUUUCAUAAAACGGUAAAAGUUUACGAUUAUGGCGGCGAAUUUGAUAAAUUCUGGGAUUAUUUUCAAAACGAUAAAACUUGCUGGGGACCUUAUUGGGAACACAUAAAAGAGGCAUGGGCUCAGAGACAUAAUUCGAAUUUAUUAUUUUUAUUUUAUGAGGAAAUGACUCACGAUCUCUUAGCAGUGACGAAAAAGGUAGCAAAGUUUUUGGGGAAAACGUACACCGACGAGCAGUAUAAACAAUUAGUCGAUCACCUGCAGUUUUCCAACAUCAAAAAUAAUAAAAUGGUGAAUUUAAGUCAAAAUAGUUUGAAGGUGUUUUUCAAAACGGAUGAAUUUAUCAGACAAGGAAAAAGUCAAGGAUGGCACAAGAUGUUUUCACCUGAGCUUAAUAAUAAAGCCAACCUCUGGAUCGAGGACAAUCUUAAAAGUACCGAUUUGCGAUUUCCGUUUACAGAUAUUUAUUCUUAAAAAUACAGGUUAGGUUAUUAUAAUUUAUUAUUUCAAUUAGUGGAGCAUUCAUAUGUACUUGUAAAUUUGUAUAAUACUUGCACAAUUUUCGGCCUUUCCAUUUUUCAUAAAUCUGGAUAAUAAUUUAAAUUUUUAAUCGCGUUUAAUUCAAGCUUAUUUCUAAAGAUAUAUUAAUAAUGUUAAUUAGAACUAUAGGGGUCAGCGGAUCGUAAGUUAAUAAUAAAAAUUGGUGGUUUUACAUUCCAGCGGGUGUGUAUUUUUAAACUUAAUUGAUUUCGAUUAAAAUCAAGUAGCUAUUGUUUAAAUCGAUUUGUCUGCUGAGAACAAGAUUAUAGUUUUGAGAGUAUACAGCCCUGGCAAUCCAGGCAGGAACAUUUAGCCCACACUGACAAAACGGUCUUCCUGAUCAUAAUGAAAAAUGUCAUUUAUAUACGAAAUUCUACUCUUAAUAUUAGUAUAGAUAUUCUUCCUAAAAUUUAAAUUAAUUCAUUUGGUACCAAACGUAGAAGAGAUUUAUAGAAGACAUUUUAGUGAGUGUAGCCUUUAUUGUUCUCCGAGUUAUGCUUUAAACGAACUAGUAACCAAGUAGCUGAAGGGUACGAAUUGAUGGGAAGUAAUUGAGGGGCAGUAAUCGAGAGGCAGUAAUUGAGGGGCAAAAUUUCUAAAUCAACGGCGGUGGCGGCAUCGGCGAAACUUAUUAAACUUAUUAUAUUUUGCAUAUUUUUAAAUUUCGAGUAAAAAUUAAUAAACGAUUACUGAUUGUAAUUGUCAAUAACAAUCAAAGUUUUAUAAAAUAUUUUGUUUUUAUGGUCAAUAAAAUAUAUUAUACAUUGACAUCUUCUAAGCGAUAGCAAUAAAAUCUUUGAAAACGAUCAAACCCCUUAUAAAAUGGUUUAAUUUUUUAAGUAUUGUUUGGCAACAGUGUUCUCUAUUGCCACGUUUGUCAUCGUAUAAACGAUAUUGUCAAAUGACGAUAACGGUGGAUAUAAACGGCGUUCACUGAAAAAAAAACAAAGUCGUUUCUGCUGUAAAGUCCGGUAGUUUUAUCGUAAAAUUGGUCGCUUACGCGGGACACCAGCAAAAACGACCGAACUGAUUCUUUAAAACUACUGAACUCUACGGUAAUUUUGUCGAGUCUUCGUACAAUGACGGAUUACUGGUGCGAGUUCAGUUAAAAUGGCUGUGUUUUUUUUUUCAGUGUUUGGAAAUUGUAUCCUUUCAAUUACCGAUACAGAUAUUCGGAUAGCGUAUUACGUCUUUUUCAUCACAUAUCGCUAGAUAAUUGAACUAUAAUUGUACAUUUUUACACAGCUAAAACUGAAAUUUAUACCAUGACAAACGUAUAGGAGUUGGCAAGUAAAGCGAGCAGAGGGGUACCCUCCCAGUGGUUAUAAAAUAUGUUCGAAAAAGCGUUUCUACGACGCUCAUUUCUUGCACUUACAGAAGAAUGUUGCCCAAUAAAUGGCGAAUUGCUGUGGCUUUCUAGGAGGAAUAGCCUUGGUCACAUCAAAUGAACUUUCUCUAUAUAUAUAUAUGUAGAGCGAUUGAAGAUAAAUUUUAAUUAUCUUAUAAAAUGUACUGAUAUCAUAAAGUAGUACGUAUAUUAAUUAUAAAGGAUAAUUAAGGAUACGAAACAACACCGAUCUACACUAAAGAAUUUUGUUAUUGAUACCUUUAAACUACAAUACGUGUAUAAAUAUUGUAUUAUAAAAACGCUCAAUCGUGGAUGAUUAAUAAACGAAUUUGAAUAUCCACGAAAUACUUGCUAUUUUUGUAGAUAUAAUAUAACGAAAAAGCGCUGAACGAAAUAAUCAUAAGAAUCGGUUAUCCAGUCAACUUCUGAAUUCUGAUAUCAUAAAUACCACUCAGACUUUUGACCUACUUGUUGCCCAAACAGAUGUAUUAGCAUGUAUAUAAGAAUUAAUGUCGAAAUUCCGUGAACUAUAUAGUCCUGUUUACGAAAUUCAUUAACAGUCCUGUUUUAUCGAGCCUAAAAUUUUUGGGACAAAUUUUUGGCGUAACGACCGCUCGGUUUUCAGAAGAGUCGACCUGUCGGUCGAUUGCUACUAUGACUAUACAUAUAGACUAUACAUAUUAAUUGAUGUACACACAUGGAAAGAGAGAGAGAGGUGUGUUUGAUAGUUCCAGAAAAACGCAUUCCAAAAAGUUCGCACAGGUCUGGUCUAUAAAGAAGUUAUAUCUCUAUUUAAAAGAGAAAUUUUACACGAAGCGCAGACGUUUAACGUAGACAGGUAAGUAAUAUUUUAUUUGAUAGGCGCGGUUGCUAUGGCAGAUAGGAGUUUAUAAUAAUAUUUAUAUGAGCUUGUUGUAUUUUUAAAUAAAAAUAUUGCCUUGGAUCGGUAUUGUAUGUGUA